UGCCUAUUUAGACAUCUUUAGUUUGAGGAAACCCUAAAAACCCUUUUCCUGCUCCGCCGCCCCGCCCCUCAUCCCUACAAUGGCGAUGGACCUCGACGAGCCGCUCGACGCGACGGCGGCCGCGGAGAAGGGCGAGGCGGCGCUGCGGCAGCUGCGCGACGCCGACCCGGAGCUCUACCUCUCCCCGUCCGCCGACCUCGCCGCCGCCGCCCGCGCGGCCUCGCAGCACAUCUACUCCUCGCUGGCGCCGCUCUCCCCCGCGCAGCCGCCUCCCCUUCCCACCCUCCUCGCGGGGCCUGCCUUCGACGCCGAGCAGAUUUGGUCCCAGAUCGAGCUGCUCGCCCGCCCAAUCCUCCCACACCUGCGCCGCCAGCUCCGUCGCCUCGAGCAGCAACCCCCCUCGCAACCGCCUCCUGUGGUGGCGCCUGCUGACGCUGAAGAGGAGCUGUCAGAGGAGGACGGAGAAGGUAGCGAAUCGGAGGGGUUGAAGGAGGAGUUGGAGGGCACAGAUGAUGAAGAGGAAAUGGACGAGGAGGAAGAAGAGGAAUUGGAGGGGAAAGGGGUUGAGGACAAAUUCCUGAAGAUAGAGGAGCUGAAGGAGUUCCUGGAGAAGACGGAGGAAGAGGAGUAUGGUGGGGGUGUCAAGCGAGGAGAGAAGAAAAAGGCUACGAAAAAUUGGAUGGAGGAAGAGAGUGACGAGGAUGAAGAUGAAGACAACGACGACGAGGAUGAAGACCAAUUGGAUUUGGAAGAUUUUGAAGAUGAUGAUGAAGAGGGUGCAGAAGAUGGCAGGGAUCUAAUGUACAAAGAUUUUUUUGAGAAAGGGCAUAAUCAGCAAGUCAAGAAGAUAGAUGGUUCCAGAAAAAAAGUGCAAUUCGAGGAUGAACUACAUGAAAUUGAAGUUGAUGCCAGUGAAAAUGAUGAUGGAAAUGAUGAACAGGGCCUCUCAACUCAUGAAAAGGAGCACCUGAAGAUGCAUGCUAAAAUAGAGCUAAUGGAGAAAGCUAAUCUUGAACCCAGUACGUGGACCAUGCAGGGAGAGGUUACUGCCUCCAGCAGACCCAAAAAUAGUGCCCUGGAAGUGGACCUUGACUUUGAGCAUAAUGUACGACCUGCCCCUGUAAUCACUGAGGAAGUCACAGCUUCUCUUGAAGAGAUGAUAAAGAAAAGGAUUGUCGAGGGUCACUUUGAUGAUGUUGAAAAGCCUUCUCUCUUGCCAUUUAAAGCUCCGAAAGAGCAUAAGGAGCUGGAUGAAAGUAAGAGCAAGAAGGGUCUUGCUGAACUCUAUGAGGAAGAUUACACACAAAAAGCAGGCCUUGCACCUGCCCCACUUUCUAUUUCAGAUGAACUGAAAAAAGAGGCAAAUACUUUAUUUAAGAGAAUAUGCUUGAAGUUGGAUGCACUAUCGCAUUUCCAUUUUGCUCCAAAGCCGGUCAUUGAGGAUAUGUCUAUACAAGCAAAUGUGCCUGCUUUAGCGAUGGAAGAGAUUGCACCUGUAGCCGUUUCAGAUGCUGCAAUGCUUGCUCCUGAAGAAAUUUUUGAGGGAAAAAGUGCUAUUAAAGAAGAGACAGAACUUACACAGGCUGAGCGUAAAAGAAGAAGGGCUAACAAGAAAAGGAGAUAUGCAGCAUCACAUAAGGAGAGGCCAGCCAAGUUGCAGAAAGAUUAGAACUCAAUGUCUGUGAAACACCUACAGGUCUCCCUGCCUGCCAUCCCAAUAUUGAGAGCUGGAAAGAGCUCAGAUUUUUUCCAGUUUUGGCGUUGUACACGUUUCCUUUACAAUACUAGUCUUUGUGCGUGUUAUCAGUUUGCAUCAAGUGCGAGCGUUUAUAAGCACACAGGAUAGGUGUUGAGAUUUUCUGCAGUGCAAUUUUGAGAAUGCAAAAGGAGCGUGCAAUUCCUUUGCAAAAGGGAAAGUAACAUGUAGAAUAGCGAGCUGAUCUAUAUGUUUGUCGAGUCCA